UUUGAUUAUCAUCUUCAAACCAUAGCCUUAUUGUUCUUGAAAGUUGAAACCAUGCCUUGUCCCACAGCCAUGAGAACCAAGAAGGCCAAAGCUGUCGGAAUUCCGACCAUAGAUCUCUCCGAAAGCAGGGCAAGAACAUCCAAGGCCAUUGUAGAGGCCUGCGAGGAGUUUGGAUUCUUCAAGCUUGUCAACCAUGGAGUUUCUGAUCAAGCCAUUGCCGGACUUGAACGGCAGGGCUUCGAUUUCUUCGCCAAGCCGGCCCCGGAGAAGCGCCGCGCUGGCCCUGCCGACCCCUUCGGCUACGGCUGCAAAACCAUCGGCCCCAAUGGCGACACCGGCGAGCUCGAGUACCUUCUUCUUCGCUCCGACCCGGCCGCCAUUGCCGAAACCUCCCUCUCCAUCUCUAGCGACCCUCCUUCUUUCAGCUAUGCUGUAAAUGAGUACAUUAAAAGUGUGAAAGAAUUGGCAUGUGAGAUUCUUGAUCUGGUGGGUGAGGGUCUAUGGUUACCCAACAAGUCCAUCAUCAGUGGCUUAAUCAGAGACGUCCAAAGUGAUUCAGUUCUGAGGAUCAAUCACUACCCUGCAGUCAAGCAUACAGAAGAUUGGGAACUCUCAUCAAAAUCUCACCCUUCAAACAAUACCAGGAUUGGAUUUGGGGAGCAUUCUGACCCUCAGAUCUUGACCAUCUUGCGAUCCAACGACGUUGGUGGCCUCCAAAUCUCCUUGCCCGGUGGGUUGUGGGUCCCCGUUUGCCCCGACCCCUCGGCGUUCUACGUCUUGAUUGGUGAUGCCUUUCAGGCAAUGUCAAAUGGAAGAUUUGUAAGUGUGAGGCAUAGGGCAAUGGCAAACAACUCAAACAAGCCAAGAAUGUCAAUGAUGUACUUUGGAGCACCACCAUUGAAUGCAUGGAUUGCACCUCUAUCAGAGCUGAUGCUCCCUCAUCACCCGUCUAUGUACCAGCCCUUCACGUGGGGCCAAUAUAAGAAAGCGGCGUAUUCUCUUAGAUUAGCGGAUUCUCGUCUGGAUCUCUUCAAAGCUUCAAAAUAAACUUAAAAAUUUAGACGGAGUUAAUGAUAAUGAUACUCAUUAGGGUUUAUAAUAGCAAAUAUAUUCAAUUUGGGUUCAAACCCAAAUGUUUAGGGAUUUAACGGUAGUGACGAUUACAUGAUCUCGAGCAACUCUCUUGAAUUUUGUACAUAAUUUGUGUAUUUGGAUGUUGUAUUUUACCUAAUGUAUAGUGCA